UCUGAGAUCUCCGUCAAUAGAGGGCAGCAGACCUACCGGGUAAAUUUUUCGCGCGGGAACUAUUACUAGUAUAAGUUUUGGCAAAUUUGUACGUCGCUGCGUGAGUGCGUCGGAUCGUCUGCCAUCGCAUCGACAUCUGCCAUCUGCUCGUAUCGACUAUCAUCAUCAUGAUGUCUGCUAGGCCUAAUCCUGAUUAUGGUUCAAUGACCUUGAAAGAUCUGAGGGCAGAGCUGAGAAAACGAAACGCGAAACAGUCAGGAAGAAAACAUGAACUUGUCACAAGACUGGAAAGUUAUGACAGGAAUUUCAACUUCGGCCAUACGUGUAUCCAGUGUGAAGAUGAGAGGGGUUUUCAGAUGACCACACCUAAACCAACAGAUUACAAGGACAUCAACACCGACAGUAAGAUUCCAGUGGUAACAGCAGAUAGCAUCACAACCUUUCACGAGCUUCAUGGGCAAAAUUUGAAAGAGAAGACAGAGGCACUCUACUACGGGAAAUUUCUGCAGUCAGUACGCUACUGCAACCAAGAUGAAACUGUGUACUUCAUUGGCAGAGUUUCCGCGGAAAUGAAAACAAAGGUGAUAUAUAAGGUCGAUAUAAAGAUAAACAAACAUGGAGUGGUUGAAGAGUCCCAAUGUGAAUGUGCUGUUGGCUUGGGACCGGAGGCCCACUGCAAGCAUGUAGCUGUAGUACUCUUUGCUCUUUCUAAAAGAAAGGAGGGCAUCAUAACCAAGGACACAUGUACUGCAAAGCUGCAAACAUUUCAUCAUCAAAAGAAAUAUACUGGCACACCAGUUUUGAUGAAGGAUUUGAAGCUACGCAAAAAAAACAACCUACAUGAUCUUAAGGACUUUGAUCCCAGGCCGGUUGAAUUCAGAAAUAGGCCUGGAUAUCCAGAUUCAUUCAGAAGCGUCUGGCUCAACUCUCAAACAGAAGAUCUACCAAUCCGGCAAGUAUAUGCACCAGCAAACAUCAUGGCCAUCAAUAAUGACCAUGAUUAUCUAGAGAAAACUCUUGAAGAGUACUUUCUUGAUGAAUUGGAUGUGAUUACCAUCAGUGAGGAAACCUGUGCAAUGACCGAAGAGGCUACACGAGGGCAGAGUGCAAAUAAAGUGUGGACAGAAGAGAGAACAAAGCGUCUACAUGCCUCCAACUUCGGCAGAAUUUGUAAGGCAGGACCCAGAACAGAUUUGACUAAAAUGGCACAGUCACUCACCAAAACUGAGACUUUCACUAGUAAAUACACCGAACAUGGGAAAAAAUAUGAGUCUAUUGCAGUAAAAGACUAUUGCACUGAAACAGGUAACAAGGUUGACAGUUGUGGCAUACACGUAUGUGCAGAGCACCCAUUCUUGGGUUGUUCCCCAGAUGGUCUUGUAGGCAGGGAGGGCAUUAUUGAGGUCAAAUGUCCAUACACUUGUAAAGAUCUUGAAAUAUCUCCAGCAGAUGUUCCUUACUUGAAAUAUGAUGUUUUGGGUGAAUUGGCUCUGAAGGAGAAUCAUAACUACUAUUAUCAAGUUCAGGGGAACAUGCUCUGUACCGACAGACAAUGGUGUGAUUUUAUAGUGUGGACAUUUAAAGAUGUGAGAAUAAUGCGAAUUCAACGCAAUAAUAAAUUCAUCGAAGAAGCAACAACAAAAUUACAGUACUUCUUUGAUCAUCACUUUAGGAAAGCAGUAUUAGACAAGUAUUUUUACAGGGAAACUGACAAGUACACAUUUUGCUCUACACAGAUGGAGGAAUAAAUAACACUGAUAUUACUGAA